GCAGCUCGACUUGUUUGACUUUUGAAUCAGCUGUCAUUCGAGCAGCAAUAUUCGUGGCGAAGAACUGAGCGGCCAUCAAAUUCUGUGAUUUAACGCUAAAGCUAGAAAAUAUCCAUGAUGGAUUGCACGUCUGUGAUGAGGAACUACUCGCGGUACCUGCUGGUUAUUUUCAACUUCUUUUUUGCGCUCACUGGUAUUUUGAUUAUUUCCAUUGGUGCCAGUGUGAAAGCCUACUACAAUGAAUAUGAAAGCUUCCUCGACGAGAAAUAUAUGUACUCUUCGGACCUUCUCAUUGUUGUUGGCGUUAUUAUUUUCAUUAUUGCCUUCUUCGGAUGUUGUGGCGCCAUGAAGGAGAAUGUCUGUAUGACAACAACAUAUUCCAGCUUGUUGAUUGUGGUAUUUAUUUUGGAAAUAUUGGUCGGCAUUGGUGGUAUUGUUUUGAAAAGUAAGACCAGAGAUGUUGUGGAAAAUGCUCUGAUAACCACAAUGAAGGAAUAUGAUAAUCCCAAGUACAAUGAGACCACUGCCCUAUGGGAUCAAGUUCAAAACCAGUUCCAAUGCUGUGGCGUAAUGAACUACACCGACUGGAUGACCAGUAACUCGACAGAUCAUAAAUUGCCGAUUUCUUGUUGUCCAAUACCGACCGGCGCCACUGGUGUAAUGACGUGCAACCAAGAUAACGCGUACAAACUCGGUUGCCUGGAUAAAUUCACCGAUUAUAUCGAAGGCCACGCCACCACAAUAGAGGGCGUUGGAAUCGGUCUUGCUGUAUUACAGAUUUUGGGAAUUUUGCUCUCCUGCUACCUCUCAAAGCAAAUCCGUGGCGACUACGAGACAGUCUAAACAUUUAAUAAUCUCUAAGUAAUAACCAAAGUUUUAACAUCCUAAUUAUAUUUAUCAAAAAUCCUCUUUAGUGUUUAAAUGGUUUCGUCGGAUUUAUUAUGUUAAAAAAAUAUUAAUUAGGUUAUAGGCAGUGUUAAUUUGCUGGCGAUCGGGGUAUUUUUUAUGUGGUUGUUUUUUAUAGCAUAAUAAGUUUGAUGAGCAUUCUUGAAAAUUAGGAUUAGAUGACGAUUGUGUAUUGAUUAAUUUUUUAAUAAACUUUCGACCCUAUAC